CUGAAUUGAAUUGCCCCAACUCCUUGCAGAUUUACUUCAAUGGCGUCUCACCACCACCAUGAACACGUUGACCAUGACCAUGAUCAUGGCCAUGGAAAUGAGCAUCACCACCACCAUCACACUCAUGAGGAAUCAUGGGUUGGACCAGACGGGAAGGUGUACCAUAGCCACGAUGGGCUGGCGCCACACUCACACGAGCCCAUUGAAUCGCCGGGUUACUUCAGCCGAAGAGCACCUCCGCUUGUGAACCGGGAUUUUAACGAACGGGCGUUCACUAUUGGCAUCGGUGGACCCGUCGGCACUGGAAAAACGGCUUUGAUGUUGGCUUUGUGCGAAUAUCUAAGAGACCGCUACAGUCUUGCAGCUGUUACAAAUGAUAUAUUCACAAAAGAAGACGGUGAAUUCUUGGUAAAGCAUGGAGCACUUCCCGAGGAAAGAAUUCGAGCAGUAGAAACAGGUGGCUGCCCACACGCAGCUAUUCGAGAAGAUAUCAGCAUUAAUCUCGGCCCUUUGGAGGAGCUCUCCAAUCUGUAUAAAGCGGAUAUACUCCUUAUUGAAUCUGGUGGAGAUAAUCUGGCUGCCAACUUCAGCAGAGAACUGGCUGAUUAUAUAAUAUACAUAAUUGAUGUAUCGGGCGGUGAUAAAAUUCCUCGAAAGGGAGGUCCAGGGAUUACUCAGGCUGAUCUCCUUGUUAUAAACAAAACCGACAUUGCAGCUGCUGUUGGAGCUGAUUUGUCUGUUAUGGAACGUGAUUCACUCCGAAUGAGAGAUGGUGGUCCCUUUGUUUUUGCUCAGGUAAAACACGGUGUUGGUGUAAAGCAAAUUGUGGACCACGUUUUAGGGGCUUGGGAAGCAGCGACGGGGAAGAAGCCUCAUUAAUCUGUUCUCACAAAGUUCAUUUGAACUGUGUUUUUUAUAUUCCAUCUUUAUUUCGACUUGUUAUAGGUAAAAAAAAAAAAGAAGAAAACUUCGAAUAUCUACAUUUGCUCAAAAUUAUAAUGUACUCUGUAACGAACCUUUCUUUCAUCCAUUUUUGUUUCCGUGUUUCUCGUUUCUCCAAAAUGAGAGUCCAA